GACGUGUGUUUCAGCUACACCGGCCCGACUGUUUUCCUUCCUUCCUCCGGUGCGUUCUGUUGUGUGAUGGCGUCCGGACUGGUGAGGCUACUCCAGCAGGGGCCUCGCUGCCUCCUGGCUCCGGCCGCCCCCACGCUCGGCCCGCCAGUGCGGGGAGUGAAGAAGGGCCUCCGCGCCGCUUUCCGCUUCCAGAAGGAGUUGGAGCGGCGGCGCCUACUCCGGUGCCCGCCGCCGCCCAUGCGCCGUUCAGAGAAGCCUGACUGGGAUUACCAUGCUGAAAUACUAGCCUUUGGACCUCGACUACAGGAAACCUUCUCCUUAGAUCUUCUCAAAACUGCAUUUGUUAAUAGCUGCUAUAUUAAAAGUGAGGAGGCCAAACGCCAAAAACUUGGGAUAGAGAAAGAAGCAGUUCUUCUGAAUCUUAAAAGUAAUCAAGAACUAUCUGAACAAGGGGCAUCUUUUUCACAGACUUGUCUCACACAACUUCUUGAAGACGAGUACCCAGACAUGCCCACUGAAGGCAUCAGAAGUCUUGUUAACUUUCUCACUAGUGAAGAAAUCGUAUGUCACGUGGCUAGAAACUUAGCUGUGGAGCAGUUAACAUUGAGUGCAGAGUUCCCAGUCCCUCCAACUAUAUUACAAAAGACUUUCUUUGCAGUAAUUGGUGCCCUUCUUCAGAGCAGUGGACCUGAGAGGACUGCACUUUUCAUCAGGGACUUCUUAAUUACCCAAAUGACUGGAAAAGAGCUCUUUGAGAUGUGGACAAUAAUAAAUCCCAUGGGGCUACUGGUAGAAGAAUUGAAGAAAAGGAAUAUUUCACCUCCUGAAUCUAGACUUACUAGGCAGUCCGGAAGCACCACAGCUUUGCCUUUGUAUUUUGUUGGCUUAUACUGUGAUAAAAAGUUGAUUGCCGAAGGACCUGGUGAAACAGUAUUGAUUGCAGAAGAAGAAGCUGUUCGAGUGGCACUUAGAAAACUUUAUGGAUUUACGGAAAAUAGACGGCCCUGGAACUACUCCAAGCCCAGAGAAAACUUGAGAGCAAAAAAGACCAUCACUGCCAGCUAGGCAGCCAGGGAUGUGGCACCCUGAAACUUGUGAGCAAAACAGUGAGAAGUCACAAGUGUUUGAAGCUAGUUAUUUUCAGAAUUGUAAAGCAACACAUCUUACUCUUCAUACUGUGUUCUUUUAAUUAAUUGUGUUAACCAGUUACAGGUUUUUUGUUUUUUUCUCAAUUUUUUUUGUUUGAUCAAGUCUUUUUUGGGAACAUUUUCCCAAGAGUUUUUCCUAAAGUUCUUGAUUUUAUUAUUGUAUAUAAUUUGUAUAGUUAGGUGUAUUUCAUUCCCCUGUUAGCUUUGAGGUAUCAAAAUUUGAAUAUUUGCCUUAUGUGAAUUUUGUGCUAUAAUACCAAUAAAAAAGUUACUCUUUUUCUAAAUGUUACUUUGUAGUUAAAUUUGAUAUACCCAAGAAUGGUAGGAAGUUGAUUAACUUUGCUUCUUUAAUAAAAUUUUAACUAAAAUAGUAAUGCUAUAACUCUUCGAGAAAUGCAAGGUACAGAAGAUUAUAACUAGACAGCUAUUUACAUGAGCUCUCGAGUCUAUCUUUGUACUUCUAAUGUGUUUCUUAGUUAUCCAGUUUUCAUAAAAUAAAUGGCAGAAAAGGUAAAUUUUAUGCUUUUAAGAAAUUGCCUUUUUUAAGAAAUUGAAACUCAAAACCAGCUUAAAAGGUUGAUAAUGUUCUGAAUUGUACAGCCCCAAAUCUUUUUUUAAAAUGUUGAAAAAUAAAGUAUGUAUUUAUCAAUUCAA